AUGGGCCUGUGGAACGCGCUUCAUCUGUAUCCCAAGGCUGUCGGCUGGUCUAUCCUGCUGUCGACUGCCGUCGUUAUGGAGGGCUACGAUGUGGUUCUUCUCAGCCAGUUUUUCGCAUAUGAUACCUUCAACAAGCGGUUCGGCAACCUGCAGCCGGAUGGCACCUACGAGCUUACCGCCGCCUGGCAGUCCGGACUUGGGAACGGCGCCCUUGUCGGCGAGAUCAUGGGUUUGUUCCUCAAUGGCAUCAUUGCGGAGCGCAUCGGCUAUCGCAAGACCAUGAUCGGCUCCCUCGUGCUGGCUAUCGGUUUUAUCUUCAUCAUCUUCUUCUCCCAGAGCCUUGUCCAACUUCUGAUCGGUGAGAUCCUCAUGGGCAUCCCGUGGGGUGUCUUCCAAACCCUGACCACCACCUACGCCGCCGAGGUCUGUCCAACCCACCUCCGUGCCUAUCUGACCACCUACGUCAACCUGUGCUGGGUUAUGGGCCAAUUCGUUGCUUCUGGUGUGCUGCGCGCUAUGCUGGAUCGCACUGAUGAGUGGAGCUACCGCAUCCCUUGGGCCCUGCAGUGGAUGUGGCCCGUCCCGCUCAUCACCAUGGCUCCCGAAUCCCCUUGGUGGUUGGUGCGCAAGGGCCGGAUCCAGGAGGCCAAAGCUUCUCUGGCGCGGCUGACGAGCCACAGCAGCGACGCAACCGCGACCACCACCACUCAUCACAAGUUCAGCCUUGACGAGACCGUGUCUAUGAUGAUUCACACCAACGAGAUUGAGCGUACCGCCAUGGAGGGUGUGACCUACAAGGACCUCUUCCGCGGCUCCGUUACGCGUCGUCGGACGGAAAUUGUGUGCAUCGUUUGGGCCAUCCAGACUCUGUGCGGCUCCACUUUCAUGGGCUACUCGACCUACUUCUACGAGCAAGCCGGCAUGGCCGUGACAAAUUCCUUCAACAUGUCACUCGUGCAGUAUGCUGUGGGCGCUGUCGGAACCGUCUCGUCGUGGUUCCUAAUGCAGCGCUUUGGCCGGCGCAGCCUGUAUCUGGGCGGGCAGAUCACCAUGUGUAUUCUUCUCUUCGCCAUCGGCUGCACGUCCUUCGCUGGCCGCAGCAACGUAGCCGCCCAAUGGGCUAUUGGGAGCUUGCUCCUGGUCUACACUUUUACCUACGACUGCACCGUCGGCCCUGUGUGUUACUCGCUCGUGGCGGAGCUGACGUCGACCCGCCUGCGGACUAAGUCGGUGGUCCUGGCGCGCAACAUUUACAACAUUGUCGGCAUCGCGACCAACAUCAUUACCCCGCGAAUGCUGAAUCCUACCGCCUGGAACUGGGGAGCCAAGUCGGCAUUUUUCUGGGCCGGCUCGUGUCUGCUUUGUGCCGUCUGGACCUUUUUCCGCCUGCCCGAGCCCAAGGACCGCACCAUCGCCGAGCUAGACAUCCUGUUUGAGCAGCAUGUCUCGGCGCGCAAGUUCCAUAGCACUGAGGUGGCCAGCUUUGAUUGCACGGCGGAUGAGGACAAGUUCUGA